CAAAUUUACCGGUGAGUGGUUUAUUGUAAGAUUCAUUGAAACCGUGGAAGACUGAAAAUGGUAGUCCAUUGUCCUGGGUCUCUCGACAGUCGGGGGUGACUCCUUUUUCUCAACCGAGGGGUUAUCCUCGUUCAUUACCCAUUAUCUGCUGACCAGUGACCUGGGGGUCCCGUGGCAAACCAGAGGGUCACGUUCAGGAUAAAUAAAAUGUAGACAGCAGCUUCUUUGUUAUGAUUUUGAUAGAAUCCCCGCCGAAUUUACAUCAUCCAGUGAUAAUGCAUGACGCGAGCAAAUUGCACCGUCUCCUGAUGUCUGCUCUGGACAUUAUCAUUUCUGUGAGAACGAGGGGUGGAGAAUUGUCACACACCUCCGGGCGCCCAGGAAGUGGUGGGGAAAAACGGAAAAAGGCACAGGAGCGCGCGAUUCAACUGUACCACGAGGGGGAUUUUUGCCUGGUGGUGGUGGGCAACUGUUUUGGGAUGCUGGACAGUGCCAGGACGUAGGCCUGAGUAUCAGUCGAGUGUUUAAGGGAGAGUAGGCAUCAACGAAUCAAGAGUGACUGCGGAUUUUUUAAGUGGAGUGAAGCAAUUUCGAUGGCUUUUUCAGUGAAGAAAUGAAGAGAUGAUGAGUAAAGAGUGGGGGUCAUUGGGGUACCGUUGAAUGGCCCGAGAACAUUUUAGUUUUCUGGUUCCGUAAGGUGUCCACUUCACCCGGUUUUCGAGAGUUUCCGGCUUGAGGAUUUUUAUGAUGAUGCUUGAAGAACUUUGUGAAUGAAAGAAAUGCCCGCGCGACUAGUGAAUGCCACGGGAAAUUCCUGCGGUCGUUGAAGAAGAAAGAAAAUAUCGGGAAAACGUGCAAAAAUAUAAAUAAAAAUGUGUUCUGUACUGAGUCGAAAGAGUUGGAACAGAAACCGGUGUCUGGUACCGGUAGUGAGAUUGAUCUUGUUGUUGCCACUCGUCGGCGCUCUGUCAGAUGAGAAAAGUCGAAUUAUCAACUCGACAGACAACUUCAUUGUCACGAAGUUGUUGCGAGACGGUGAGACCAGCAGAAUAUUCCAUUACCGCGGCAUCUGUGGGAGAGAAACUAUUCUGGAUUGGGGGGAGACGAGUGUCGCACUGAGGGAGCUGGUGCUUCAGAAUGGGAAGAGACUGCAGCUGAUUUAUGAGGGUGAUAAUUUGACCGAAUGCGUGGACGUUAUAGACGUAAGAUCAAUAAGUGAGAAUAUCUGUGGAACUGACGACCAGGACCAGAGGUACAAGUGGAUUAUUCGGGGGAGUCAAGCACCUUCUGUACUCGAUUGGCUUGCUAGCUCUUCGGAGAUGGUCAGGAGGUGUCACGGGAUCAGCUCCAGGGCCAGAAGCCAUUUGUUUAGGCAACAGUUUCAGAGACGGAGGGUGGAAAGGAGCCUCCAGCAGAUGGUGAUAGCCCCAGGGACAAAAUGGUGUGGACCACAUCGAACUGCUGCCUCUUACAAAGAUCUCGGAGGACUAGACACUUUGGACAGGUGCUGUAGACGUCACGAUCACUGCUGUCGUUCAAUACCACCUUUUUCUGAGCGUUACAAUUUUUGGAAUUACAUGCCAUUCACACUGAGCCACUGCGGCUGUGACCAAAGAGAAUGCAAAAAUGGGACAAUCUCGGGAGAGGGAAGACGAAGAAAACGAGAUGUCUUUAUGAUACCCGGGACAAAAUGGUGUGGUAGGGGUAAUCACGCCACCAAAUACACCAAUCUCGGUGGUUUUGGUAAAGCCGACGCAUGCUGCAGAAAACACGAUACAGCUUGUCGAUUUUGGAUACCGGCGCUUGGAUCACGCUAUGGCCUCGCAAAUUGGCGUAUAUCCACGCUCAUGCAUUGCUCGUGCGAUGAGCGCUUCAGGACCUGUUUGAAACUGGCUGGAACGUCAUCAGCGAAUUUCGUGGGUAAAAUAUUCUUCAAUAUGGUCCAGACAAAAUGUUUCGUAUUCAAACCGCAAAAGGUGUGCACCAGGCAGUCGUGGUGGGGAAAAUGUGAGAAGUACAAGUACAAAAAACAGGCAUUCCUCCGAGACAAUGUUCCCUACUGAUGAAAAACCUCUGAAACCCAAAAAAAAAAAAUUAUUUCUCCCCUCCACCCCGGAGAUACACCAAAGAAAUUCACGUGUCAAAAAAAUAUCCUAGAAAAAUCUUCCACUCAUUUCCUCCCACAAAAUUCUAUUCAGAAUUAUCAAAGAUAAUUAACUAUUAUUAUUAAUUAUUUAUUGAUCAUAUCAUUUAGUCAUAGUAACUACUUAAAUCUGUUGAUUUUGUUUUAUUUUUCAAGAUCUAAUUUUUUUGUUGUAGGAUAAAUUGAAUUCGUUGACUAAACGAAUAAAUAAAAUUAUUAAAAUUUCUAAUUAAUUUAGAGAGCCCGUCAGGUUUUUCUAUAAUAUUUUUCACGUGUGUCUAAAAAAAACUGUUACGAAAGACAAUACAACUAGAUUCAGAGGAAAUCGUGAGAAUUGUCUUGACAUCGGACAUAUCGAUCUUUUUAAGAAUAAAAAUUUUAUAGGAUUCGUACUAAUAAUUCAAUAAUUUGUGAAUAUUCGAGGGAAAUGUCUCAUCAACUAGUGAUAAAUGAGUGUUAAUAUUAAGAGUCAAUGAUCGAGAGGAUCAAUAGAGAUGAAUAUUUUCUAGCGAAUUUAUCCGGAACUCAAUGUUUCGCAUGAGAAUCGAAGAUGGACUUUCAAUAUAUUUUGUUUUCUAUAUCAAUUAACAUUCCGUAGAAAUAACACCUUCAUUACUGAUAGGACAUGCAUGCAAAGACGAAUCAAUUGUGCAUUUAUUUAGUAUUCAGAAUUAUUGGCAGUCAUUCAAUAAAAAAAUUUAAAACUUU